ACAACUGCAAUGGUCCUGAACUGUGAAAAGUUUUGGUUUUACCGCAGGAAUCUUUCCGUAUAGUUUUAUUUUCGGAUUUCCGAAAGCAUUUUAAAAAUUUUGAACACAUCUGUAGCGAAAAUGUGUUAACAUCACCCGUUGGAUGUUAUUGUGUGUUGGUUUGGUAGACUUAAAGAGAUUAAAUCUAGAAUUUAGGGAUUUCGGCGGUGUUGAUAACAUCGAUACACAACUCUGCCGCAGUUAAUCCGUAGGCUUGAGCUGCCUGAAGAUGUCGGAUGAUGCAAACGUAGCAGGCGCUGACACCGAUGAAGUGUGUACGCUUCAACGCGAAUCACCAGUAGAAAAACUUGAAAAUGAAAGCCAGAGUGAAAGUAUUUCCACAGUUGCUGAAAGUGGGAACGCUAGCCCUGAUAAAACGACCAACGUCGACCCAAUUGUAAAUGAUGAUGAAGUUACCGAGGAAAAUGAGAAGCAUAACGAUACCACAACAAUAUUGCAUGUCGUACAAAAUUCCGUGACAGAAGAAUGCGAACCUAAACAAACGGAACCGCAAAAUGAUGUAGAAAUCUGCAAUGAAAUCAAAACAGAAGAGAAACACGAUUCACCGGAAGGUGACAUUAAAGAGGAUGAAUUGUACGAUAAAUUGAGUUGUAGUAGUCCGGAACCAGGUGAAAUACCCGAUGAUGAUGAAGUAAUUGACGAUCAUCCCAAAAGAAACGUUAAAGAAGAAAUGUUGGAAUCGGAAGUAGAUGUGAAACCUGCAUACGAUAAAAAAUUAGAAAACCGAAAUGCUCCGGACAGACCGGAGCGAUUUGACAUUGAUGAUGGCAAUCCCAGCAGAGAUGAAGCGGAUCAGAUCGAGAAAAAAAUAUCCCUGGAAGAUCUAUCGGACGAAGAAUUCAAAAGCCCCGUUGCUGCGUUUAAACAAGAAUAUAUUUCCGAUCUAGAUGAAGAGAGUCCUCGUAAAAGUCCCAAACCAAAGGUGAGUGAUGAAAAACAGCCCGAACAGCCUAGAAAAUUAGCCAGCAUUUUCGAAAGAAAAGUAAAAAAGGAAGAAGGCAGCACAGAUGGUAUACUUCAAGAAAAACUGAAGCAAUAUUUCGGUCAUAACGAUUUUAAAAGUGCGUUGCAAAGGGAAGCAAUCCAAACGAUCAUUACAAGAACUCGUGAUGUUUACGUCUCGAUGCCGACCGGUUCCGGUAAAUCACUGUGUUUCCAACUACCAGGAGUAAUGCAAGACAACAAAGUCACUAUAGUAUUCUCUCCCCUGUUGGCUCUCAUUAAAGAUCAACUCGAUGCACUAGCCAAGUUAAAAAUUACAGCCAAUUCUAUCAACUCCAAGAUGAGCAACAAAGAUCGAGAUCGAGUCAUAAAUGAUCUGAAAAGCAUUCGCACGGAUACUCGAUUUCUUUAUAUAACACCGGAGCAGGCUAACACGGCAACCUUCAAAGAUCUCCUGAAAAUGCUAGUCAAACACAAGAAGGUAGCUUAUGUGGUUGUUGACGAAGCACAUUGCGUGAGCGAAUGGGGGCACGAUUUUCGUCCGGAUUAUCUUAAACUUGGCGCGCUUCGUACCGAGUAUCCGUCAAUUCCAUGGAUUGCGUUGACUGCAACUGCCUCCGUAAAGGUUGUGGAAGAUAUUUUCAAAAACCUGCGACUAAAAGAACCGGUGGCUAAAUUUAAGUCCUCGUGUUUUAGACCGAAUCUCUACUACGAUGUAGUAUUUAAAAAUUCUAUUCAGGAUGAUUACCGUCACUUACGGGACUACAUAGAUAGCAUACUAGAACAAGAAGACACUGACGUCAAACCGAGUAAGAAAGCUUGUGGCAUCAUCUACUGCCGAACCCGGGAGACAUCGGAGCGUGUGGCAAACAACCUAACGAAACUGGGAUUGAAAACGGCUGCCUAUCAUGCCGGAUUGAAGCAAUCAGAACGUGUAGCCGUGCAGGAAGACUGGAUGGAUGGGAAAUAUCCUGUCAUAUCUGCGACCAUCAGUUUCGGUAUGGGAGUAGAUAAAGCUUCGGUGAGAUUCGUUAUCCAUUGGGACAUUCCACAGAGUGUCGCAUCGUACUAUCAGGAAUCCGGUCGAGCUGGUCGCGAUGGCAAAAAAUCCUACUGUCGGGUUUAUCAUUGUCGAGAGCAGUGCAAAUCAAUCGACUUCCUCCUCCAACAAGACUUACACAAAGGCAAGGGUACUGCCAAAGAAGACAAAGUAAAACUUGCUGUGAAAAACUUCGAAAAAAUUGUAGACUACUGCGAGUCUGCCCGAUGCCGGCAUAGGUUGUUUUCGGACUUUUUCGGUGACGAUCCGCCCGACUGCGUCAACAUGUGUGACGUGUGCAACGAUCCGAAAAAAGUCGAAAAGGCAAUUGAAACUUUCCAAAAGCUUUCGGUUUCGGGAAAACUCAAAACAAUAGUCGGCUACGAUGACAAUUUUGCAGACCUCUACGAAGGCGGGCGCCAAGGAAUGGCAGACAAAUACCAGGACGAUGAUGAUGAUGAAAAUGACAACGAGCGGGAGAAACGAGCCAAACAGGAAUCCGAUCUACUAAUUCAAAAGCAGUUCGCACUUCGGAAAGCAUCCGCUGCCAAAGAACUCGAAAUGCACCGAACUCCUUCCAUCAGUCGAGUGAAGUUUCCAAUGCAAACAACUGUUAAGGUGAAUGGUUUAACAAUUUCCUCGAGGGAAGCCAACCUUACCAUGCUGGCCGAUUUGCUGAAAAAGAAUGUAGAAGCAUGCAAGGAUUCGGACCCAACGGAACACGAAUUGGUUUACAAAGAUUUCGAAGAUUUUGCCGUAGAUAUGGAAUACGAUGCAUUUACUAAUAACACAGUGGCCAGUUUGUACAGGAGAUUCAUAGCGAAACAUAUUACCGCAAUAAAGUCGGCCACCUCGUCGGAAAUGCUGUACCCCGAUUUGAAACAUUAUGUUCCAAAGGUGCGAAACUCGCACGGAGGAGAAUUCAAGACAAUUGAAGCGGAGCUUAAACGCAAAUACGGAGACAAUAUUGUGGAUGAAUUGCGAACGGAAGAUGAUCGAAGGUCUGGCGGAGCGCAUCGUGGAGGUACAAACGGUGACCGACGGAAAGGGUUGGGAAGCGGAAAAUUUUUCAACCCCAGUCGCGAUGGUUCAAAUCAAAAAACUAUUAAUUCUUAUUUCGGAAAAAAUGAUGGACGAGGUAGUGACGGACCCGCUGGCAGGCAAACGCUAGACGAUGGAGACAUGUGGGAUAGUGAUGGUGACGGAGCGGGUCCAAGUUUGACUACUGAUAUUAAAACGGAGGAGAAGCAUGCGGUUUCGAAUGAACAACGAUCACCUUCAGUUGAAAUUGUUUCAAGUGAUUCGUACUCUCAUCGGUCCAAAGAUUCCCGAGAUGAACGGGAACGUAAGGAACGCAAAACAAAGAAAAGAAAAUCCAGUACCAGAUCACGUGACCAAUCUCGAGAUCGCUCAAUAACCCCUAGCGAUCGAGAACUGUCACGGGAAAAAUCUCGUGGUUUCUCAAAAAGUAAAUCGAGACACAGGUCACGUGACAGAUCGAGAUCACGUGAUCGUCACUCGUAUCGAUCCGGGAGAUCUCGUUCACGAGAUUACGAAGAACCCCGCAGAAAACAUAAAAAAUCGAAAAAGUACGAAGAUGACGAUAACCAUUACGAUCAUCGACCGAGGAAACGAUACGCCAGUGAGUAUGAAGAAAAACCCGUCAUGAAGCGUCCUCCUUCGCCCAUGGAAACAUACAACUACGCGUCGCAGAAAUCCCGUGUGUCACACUACGAACGCAAAACUCCUGCUGUUUCUGCGUACACACCUGCUUACACCGGCGGUGGUGGAAGCAGAAGCUACAACAACUACGAAUCAUCGACUGCUGCAAGUUCACUUCUUUCGACUGAAGAUAUGUGGGACGACGAUAAUCCAACUCCAUCGAAAUCGUCCAGUUCAUUGGCGGAAAAAUUACUAGAACAUGUACCUCCUCCACCGCCACCACUGUCUGCAGUUAAAACGCCUCCACCACCACCACCCAUCAACGUUGAACCCAGCUUCUCCACAGGUUAUUCAAUCUAUACUCAGGCUUCGAUCCAAUCUGCCUAUCAACCGCCUCCUCCACCAGCACCAACUAUUUCACCGCCACGGGAAAAGACCGUAUCGAAAAAGACGUACGAUUACUUGUUCGAUACGACACCUGAAAAAACCGUAGUCCAAUACGACCACAAGAAAAUACCUGCGGUAACGAAAAAUCCAUCGCCUCCACCACCACCACCGCCAACAGUCGCACAGGUGAAAUCGUUAACGGCAGCUCAAUUCAGCGCGGCGGCUCAAAUCCAUGCAACGUUGCAGAAGUUGAACGCCGCCGUGUCCAAUGCAGCAGCGCGCAAUGGGACAUCGUCAUCGUCGUCUUCUUCGUCAUCAUCGCUUUCGGCGGCAGCGACGGUUGGUGCUAUCAAAAAACCGUCCAUUGGUCUAAACAGUAGUAGCAGCAAUACAAGCAUCACAAGUACCACCGUUGUCCCCCCGUCGAGUGCCUCCAACUCGACGUCAUCAUCCGUGACCAGUGUCAAAAGUAACCCGGAGGUUACUACCAAAUUGCACAAUAUCCAGAUAGAGCAGGAGAAAGUGUCGAAGAAAAAUCUAGCCGAUGUCGUUAUUCGCUUCCUGAUGCCGUACUAUCGACAACAGAAGAUCAAAUCCAAGGAGCUGUUCAAAGGGCUGGCGCGUACCAUUUCGCACAAGUUUUACGAUGUGGAAGUUGUUGUUGACCGUAAGGUGAAAAAAUAUAUUGACGACCUGAUGCAUCACAAGGGUGUGAUAGCCAGUGAAGCGGACUUUCCACACUAACAGUCGUACGAAUCACGAGGUCAUGUACAUAAGAGCAGAGCGCGCCUAUUAGUGAAAAUAUUCUUUAAGGGACAUCAUAGAGUAGACUUUGUGCUUAAUUUGGUGGUCAUCCGGCCUAGCUGGUGGGACAAACAGGAACGUUUUUUUUUGCGCCGGAUACGUAUUGACUCCAGCAGACUUGUGGAUAACCAUGAAACUUGUUGAACAAGAACGAUCGGAAGUCCGGAAAAGGGACCCUACUAGAUAUUACGUAUCCAUUUUUCAUCUGUACAGCGUAGUGAAGCGUCAGAUAUUUAUUCUCUAUGGGUUAAAUCUUCCCUUGAAAUAAUUUCAAGAUAGUGUUACUCAGUGCGAGGACUGCUUAGUAUCCAGUUGAUAACAGAUUAGUUUCAGUGAAUACCAAGAUAAGAUAGUAGCAAUUGCAACUAUAAGCCUAGUGAUAAUAAAAUUUCAGAAAACCAAGCAAAAUCAUGCUAGAGUUAUUUCCAUUAAA